UCUGGAUCCGCUCACCAGCUUCAUUUCUCACCACCACCGUCUCAUGAGACAAGUCGUCUCGUAUGAAGAUAUAACUCUGCCGUAUGAAGUAACUGCCAAUGCAGCAAACGAAGUCACAAAGUUGAACACAACAUAUUCCAAUAACAACCAAAAAUCGCAGUCCAAACGAAAACGAAAAUCGCGUAACUCAACCAAUCGUAGCAGCAAUCGUCAAGGAGUUCUCCCAGAAGAAAAUCACGAGACGGAGGACAUGGAUAUGAGCAGGGAAUUGACGUAUGAAGAGAUUUGGGAUGAUUCUGCUUUAGUUGAUGCGUGGAAUGCUGCGACGGAGGAAUAUGAGGCUUAUCAUGGACCGGACAAAGGCUGGAAGUCUGAACCAGUGCACAAGUCCCCGUUAUGGUAUAAUGUUCCUCCGGCAAAGAAGGUGAAACUCUCCGAUGGCCAAGGAUCUGCCUCGAACACGGGGAAUUCAGCAAAGGACGGGGACGCCGAUUCUCGCCCUAUAGAUUUUGACACGUUUAUUCCCGACCACGAUGCGGGUUUAUCAAAACAGUCCGGUGUUCAUAACCUAGACGAUUCUACAGCCUUACCCGGACCCCCUGAACCGAUGGUUAGCCGCGACGAGGCAUUUAACCGUGCUCUAAACGCGAUGUACUGGAGUGGUUACUGGACGGCUGUGUACCACUGUCAUAAUCAUGUAGGCAAGCCAUCGUCCGACGGCGAUAUCGAAAACCGCCCUGAUGAGGAAGACCAUGAGACUGAAGACGACGUAGGAGCAAAUGAUAUGGAUGAUUUCGUGCCCACGCAACGUUGAAUGUCUAUGGAUCGCCUUUACAAGCAGCGAGCCAUAAGGGUGGAUUGCAGCCCCUCUUUCCCAGAGUUUCUUUCGCCGUUAUAUGUACACAAACUUUCAGUCGAUUGUGUCAUGUGGAAGCUUGCCUGUUCUUAUUCUUAUUCCAUGCCGAAGAAUUGCUGUACUUAUUUGAGCGGCUCCGCUUCUCGUGGAAGGGUCCUGUGCAAGCAAACAAAGCGCCUUGCACGGAACAUCCAGACUUACUCCCGGCGUAUUUUCACCGCAAGAGCUUUGCUGCCCAGCAUGGUCCUCGCGGGUUUUUUUUGAUCUAACUUGCCGUAGCGGUCUUCGCAAAUCACCUG